AUGGAUCUGAGAUAUUUGUGUAAUUGUAAUGAUUGUAAUAGUGUUCUAGUUACUUUUGGCCGCGUUAUAAUAUUAUGUGAUAUUCCAACCAAGUUAUUAUCAUCUUAUAAUAGUGAGUUAAUAUACUCAAAAUUCAGUUGUAACGCUAUUAAUAUUAUUUUAAUUACAAACGUUAAAUCAUUUCUUGGAUUAAACUUGUUAAAUAAAUAUUUUAACUUAUCUUCUACACAUGUUAUUACUACUUCUCCCAUUUUCUCCCUUUCUACCGUACUCACUACAACUAAUGGUACAAAUGGAGUCAAUACACAUACCCUUAGCAGCCAUAGGAUUAACAAAGUGAUAAACAAUGUUAGGGAGAAAAAUUAUAAAUAUGAAUAUAAAUUACAUAUAAUUUCAUUUAACCAAUUUUUAACACUAAUUACUAGCAUCAAUAUUGAUAAUAAUAUUGAUGAUACUAGUAUUUUGGAUGUUGGUACUAGCACGGCAGUGGAAAUGGAAAUAGUUGGAUAUAGUAAUGGUUAUAAUUUUGGAGGUUGCAAUUAUAUGUUAAGGCAUGGGAAUGUGAGUGAGAAACUAUUUAUAGUCUCAAAUUCUAGUCUUAAAAACGACAUUUACAAGUCCUUUAACAGUAAUAUUUUCCAACACACUAAUCCUAAUGAUUUUAUACUCUUUCUCAGUACUCCUAACCAAUGUAAUACUAAUAACUCUGUAGAUGUGACUGGUGUAGAAAAUACCGUGGAGGAAUUGGUGAAUAAAAUAAUGACUGGCAACAUAAUUCUGAUUAUGGAUAUAUUAGACGAAUGUUUAAUAGAAAUAUUAUUAGAACUAUGUAAUAGAAUAACAACAGUGUUACAACAGUACCGUUACGUAUAUUGUGUUGGCACAGGUGUUGAAGAGUUAUUUGACUUUUAUAAUAAGAGUUGUGAGUGGGUAAACGAGUCAAGAGCUGAGAACACAAUGGAUCCUAAUGACCCAAAUCCACCAUUUCCAGAACUUACCAAUUUAACACAAAACAACAUUUUACUAAUCGCAAAUCAUAUGAAAGAUAUUGUCAACAUUUAUAAAUCGCCAUCAAUCACUUUCCUUUUUCAUCCAUACAAUUCUGAUAAAGGUAUUAAUACGGAUAAUAGCGUUAAUAUAAGUAAUAGUGUAAAUAAAGUAUAUGUAAUCAAUAAUACUAACGACAAAACUAUUAUUAGUGGUAAAAAUAGUGGUAAUAUUGAGUAUAUAAGGGUGAUGAGAAAAAAUGAUAUGAAAGAGAUAAUAAAGGAAUUUGAAAGUAGAAAGGGUAAAAUAAUUUUAAACGAAAAUUUAUUAAAUUUGGAUGGAAAUACAUUAACUUUUGAAGAAAAUUUUGUUAAUUUUGGCUUAACAAAAUUGAAAAUUCCUAUUAAGAGUGAUAUAAAAUUUAAACCAAUAAACUCUAAAAUGGAUGUUGGUAUGUGUAAAAUGACUGAUGGAAUGUUGAUGGGUUGUGAUCAGAGUUUAGAAAUACCAUUUGGAACAGUAAAGGUGGAAAAGGUUUUAAAGGAAUUAAAAAGAGCUUACAAUGAUAUUAACGUACCAGAUGUACAAAUGAAUAAGGAAUUGUUGAUUAGAGGAAAGAGUUUUGAGUUGAAAAUCGAUGAGGUUAGGAAUGAAAUUCUGAUCAACACUACCAACACUAAAGAUUUUAAUACUUUAAACAAACUUGUACUUAAUCUUUUCACACACUAUUCAUACCUAGUUAGGGUUUGA